CGCCACAAUCAGCUGUUUGAACGUUCCAAUUUCUGAGCCAAGAUCAACUGGGGAUUCAGCAAUAACAGAAAAAUAAUAAUACGAAAACUACAGUUGGGGAGGGAGAGCGUCCGGAUGCAAGGGCACCUGCAUGCAUUUUGCAGUAUUGCAUAUCUUCUGGGAAGAUCAGAGACACAAUUGACAUUACCACCGCAACCAUCUCCUUUCCUUGCAUCUGUUUAAUUUUUUUGGUGGGGUGUCUUUUUAAAAAACAACAACAACCACCACCAUCAGUUCUAUUAUGAAUCUUAGUUGAUUUCAAUUAAAACUACCUCACAGACUUCGCCUAAAGCUGGUGCUUUAAAAAAACUUGUAGGGUUUUUUUUUGUGUGUGUGUAUGUGCUUGUGGCGUGGUUUACAAAACAGUUGGUGACAUUAAAAGGCAAGUGAAGGCCUUUGCACUGAAGCCAAGUGAAGAACCUUAUGAUUGCACUAUACAUAACUCAACUCAGAUAAGACUUCGGAGGGGAAAAAUACCCCAGCAAAAGCAACAGAAUAGCUCCUGCCUUUUGGAAGACUCAUCCAUCGAUUUUUCCCAAAAUUUACACCACAGCAGCAUCUUCUGGCUACACGCACUGAAGCAAACAUUUAGAGCCGUGCUUCCAUUUUUCUUUCAAAGUCCACCUUAGAAAUCCUUUUCCUGCCAUGUUCCAGCGUUUCACCAGCCUCUUCUUCAGUGAUAGCAGCACAGUUGAAGACCUUGAGGAUCCUAAGCCUUUUGUUUCUAAAGAGGAAGAAGAAGAUGGAUGGCUUAUUAUUGACCUGCCAGAUAGUUUGGCUUCAAGUCUUGGCACUGAGCAGCGGGUAGGUGAGAAGGAUUCUGUUUGCGCUUCCCGUUGCCGCCAUGGGUCCCUUCCACCUACCACGUCUUCACCCCACUCCCUCAGUGACUGUGUCAGCAGGUCCAUGCCCUCUCAGCCUGACCCCUGCUUGAUGGAUGAGAGUUGGUUUGUUACCCCUCCCCCCUGUUUUACUGCAGAAGGUCCUGAUCCUGUCAGUAUGGAGAGCAGCCCCAUGGAGGACCUCUUGAUUGAGCAUCCCAGCAUGUCUGUAUAUGUCACCAGCAGCAACAGUAUCAUUGUGGAAAGGGAGGAUCCUGAGGAGAAUGUUCAGGAGAGUGAAAUACCUGAAAACCGUUUACAGCGCCAUCCCCCGCACCACUCCACUUCUCUUGCCACCAAGGCUGCCAUCUUGGAGAAGGUCAAUCAAGUGCGUCGGAUUCAGAGGGUAAAGCAGUUGGCAGAGAAGCACAAAUUGAGUCAGAAAGUCAUGAAGAGGCAGAACCGUGCCAGAGAGUGCCGCCCACAACGGGCCAAACCCCAAGGCCACUUUGUCUACCAACCAUGCCAGCGCCAGUACAACUAUUAAGCUACUUCAGGAAGUCUACACUGUGGGGCAUUAUCCUUUUAACUUUUAGCUUCACUAGUUCUUCACAAUGCUUUUUCCAUCCAAGAGGGUUGUCUUCACUCAUUUUCUGAAAUUAACCGUCCCUCCCUGUGAGAACUUCCUACAUUCUCAUGAACUGGCAACAUUAAAUGGUAGUUCUUUUGUGGGCUUUUCUUGAGCUUUAUUCCCCCACCCUGUUUUUAGUAACAAAUACAUUUUCUGAUCAACGACUUCCUUUUUGCAUUUAAUGUCCCAUCUCCUACUCUACAUCCAAUUUCCAGAUUUUGAUUUGGAUCUCAUAGUGAAUGAAACACAACAUGCCUUGCUAACAUUAAGAAACAAGACAGCAAGUCAGCUUUGAAACUCCAAUAUAUGGUUUUUUUUUAAGUGUUGGAGAAACAUAUAUGUAUCUUGGUUAUUAAGAGAGACCAUGUUUCUUUGUGUGAGUGUGUUUCUUGGUCCUUAGGUAGCAUGAAUUCACACACUGGCUAUUGUAGCAGUUGCCAGUGUUAGACUAAUUUGGUGCUUCCAGUGAAUAUAUCACCUUUAUUUUAAUUUAAAUAAGUUACAGGAGGAACAAGGUGCCCUGUCAUUUCCUUUCAUCCCUUGUUGUUGCACUAGAGAGCCUGUGACAUCAGUGCCUUUCUUUUUGACAUCACACUCAUGACAAAAAAACCCCCAACAGAUUGUGAUGUCACAAAUGGAGAUACCAGGUUCCUGUGCAGAAUGGAACACAAAAAAACAAGAAAGAAGCCUAACAUAUCCCAAGUUAAAGAUUAAUGGCAUGUAUUUUAACAUACUUCCUUCCCUGAAAAAUAAAUAAUUUGUAUA